AUGGCUUCAGCAAUCCUGGGGAAUGUAAAGGAGGAGGUGACCUGCCCCAUGUGCCUGGAUCUCCUGACACAACCUCUGAGCCUUGACUGUGGCCACACCUUCUGCCAGGCCUGCAUCACUUCAAACUGUGAGUCCAUGAUGAGUCAAAAAGAGGAGAGCAACUGCCCUGUGUGCAGAAUCAGUUACCAGUUUGAGAACCUGAGGCCUAAUCGGCAUGUGGCCAACAUAGUGGAGAGGCUCAGGGGCAUCAAGCUGAACCCAGAGGAGGAGCAGAGGGUAUAUCAUUGUGCACGCCAUGGAGAGAAACUCCUACUCUUCUGUCAGGAAGACAAGACAGUAAUUUGUUGGCUUUGUGAGCGUUCUCAGGAGCACCGUGGACACUCCACAUUCCUCUUGGAGGAGGUUGCCCAGGAGUACCAGAACAAAAUUCAGAGUGAGGUGGAAAAUGUCCAGAUAGAGUUUGGAAAACUGAGAGACAUCCUGAACUCUGAGGAGGAGCAGGAGAUUCAAAAGCUGAAGAACAAGGAGGAAGUUAUUAUGAACA